UUCGGAGAUGGCUUUUCAGAGUAUCGGACAAGACUAUGGAGUCAGAUUAGUAUUACUGCAUGUCUUAAAAUAAAAAAAAACAGUUUAAUGAUUUCAAGGAAACCUAGUAUUCAAUUUUACAGUCUUCAGGCUUCAUUUUAUUCAUUAUAUCUGUCGGGCCCUACAGCUAACUACACUCUACUUCAACAAAGACCAUAACCUAGUACUAGAGACAACAGAUAGUGGCAUAGUGUCCACGCCUUUACUUAUUUCCCCGCAUAGCUGCAAUUGUAAAUAAAAUUGUGCAAUAUUGACGUUGUUUUUUUAAUUGCAAAUAGUCAAAUCUAUAUAUACUGUCUUUUCACAUCUGCGACUAUUCGGGCGACUGUAGGAAACCCCAAGGGCUCGAAUUCUGGGCGGCUGCUUUGUCACUUACAAAAUGACAACAGCUCCAAUCAGAGCAAAGAAUGCGCUACCAAUGACGGUACCAGUUGUUGAGCCAGCCAUGGGCCAUGCUUUGAGUCCAGCGGCAGCAUUUUUGGAUCCUGUGGUGCUUGCGGCUGGUGUCGUUCCAGUCGAGGAGGUUCCAUUGUUUCCAGACGUCUUGGAGCCACCGAGAAGGCCAGUAAGCUCGGAGUCAGAGGUGAAAGAGAUUUGUACGGAACUGGCAUUCUUGCAUGAAUCGGGAGGAGCUUCUGAACCCUUGACAAAGUUGGCGGCAACGCACUAGCGAAUUGUUAACAUUAUAUGUCAAUCGUUGAAAAAUAUGCUUACUUGGAAUAAUAGACCAUCGACGGCCUUGGAUACAACACUCACGACGCCUUUCUUACCGACCCAACUGGAAGGAAUCUUGACCUGAGGAUUGCAGUACGCUCCCAAUCCGCUCUGCUGGACAAUAGGAUAGAUCUCCUCCCAGCCACUCUGGGCGGUGGCGUCAGUUGUUGCGCGGAAGAGCCACGAGCUUUGAGGAUGUGUGAGCUUGAGAGCAAUGGCCUCUCCGUCAACAUGAAAAUCAACCAGGUCCUUGGUCAAGUCUGGAACGACACCACCACAAGGACCUGUACCCUCAUUCUUUUCCUCGCUGGCGAUAGGCUUGGGGUAAACAAUCUCAAAAUGAGCGGAAGCAAGACCGCAGAGCGCGGUAAGGGCAAGGAUGGAUCGCAUUUUGUAAAGUUGUGUGCUGCUGAAUGGAUUGAUGGCAGAGGUGAGACGGGGUUGUGUAAAUGACGACACAGAGAAAGGGCAGGCCCAUCUAUUUAUUGGAGAAGCAGCUUAAUACCAAAGCUUUGGAACCUCGCUAAUGGGUCUGUCUGGCUGCACUGAGCAAGAUGUUGCGGCACUCGGCACCUGAAUUUGGUGGCGUACGGCUGGCACGCAGCGCAUCACAACAUUGGCAAUCUAAUUCCGUCUCUAUUGCUUGCCAUACCGAAUGCCGCAUCAAAGUCAAAUCAAUUUUAAGUAGAGUAUUUCCCAAUUCUUAUUUUCUGCAAAGGCUCUAUUUUUUAUUUCUUGCCAAUUUGGCACUGCCAACCAGCUGUCAACUCUUGCGCACCAGUUGCCAACUGCAAGCCCGGCCGCCACGCCACACCAAGAUGUUAGUUGCGCCGGUUUGAGCAAGUUUUCUGAUACGGGCGCUGACCAUUCUUCCGGUCCCCGCAAUGCGCUAAGAGGUGUCAAAAGGCAUAGCUAACGGUCGUACAAGAGCGAAUUCUUCAAACAAAUAUUUCAAACAGACUCAUCAGCUGCAACACGGCUGGAUGUUGCCGACUUUGCCGUGUUAGGAUUCUCUGUCAACCUUUGCGCCGGUAAAGGAAGCACAGCACAUCUGAAAAUAACCCUCCUAGAGAAGAUAAUAGACCGGCUACACUAUAUUGCUGUGUCCGCUGUCGUUGAGAAUAUUCCAACCCCAAUCGCAUCGUUUUUAUCGCCGUCUCUUAGGGCAUCACCUCGACCACCAGCACUCUAACCAGCGAUACAUUGCGAGAAUCCCAACAUCAGAGGUUCUCAACACCUCCUAUAUACAAAAUGGAUAUGGAUAUGGGACACAUGCAUAACAUGGGCGUUGGCUCUGAUGUAAACCAUGCCUUUGCCCAAGAUUACUGGUAUAUUGCGUGCAGUGUUCUUGGUCUACUGACCGCUAUUCACGCGGUGAAUCAAUACGGAAAUUACUCUAGACUUCGAUCAUGUUCGAAUCCGGCAGCAUCUCAACCAACUGUUCCGAACGGCCGCUUCACACAAGCCUGGGCCACGGCGACGGCCAUAAUCCGCGAAAUCAAACACCCGCAGUACUAUGUUUCCUUAAAUGGAUUUAAAUGGGCGACACCACCACCUCUUGGACGAAUUUUGACCUUAUUUUGUUAUUGGGCAGUCAUCGUAUAUUUUAUGUCAUGGAACGUCAGCAUAAAGGACGCGCUCUAUUGGGAGCGCAUUGGUUUCCGCAAUGCUUGGGUCAGCAUAUGCCAACUUCCGAUGAUAUAUUUGCUUGCAAUGAAGUUUAAUCCGGUAGGAUACUUGAUUGGAAGCAGCCAUGAGAGAUUGAACUGGCUUCAUCGCUGGGUCAGCCGCACCAUGUUCAUCACUGCCACUGUGCAUGGAUGGCACUUUUGGACGGAGUGGGUGCUUGCUGAUUUUGUCGAGUAUGAGUUACAAAUCAUGCCUCUUGUUAAAUACGGUCUAGCUGCAUGGGGAGUACUUUUGUGGACGGUGGUUGUUGGAUUUCUACCCCUUCGACGUCUGUCCUAUGAGAUCUGGCUAGUCCAACACAUCGUAUCUGCCGUUGUUAUGCUUUGGCUCUUGUAUGAACACAUCCCACAAGAGGCAAGGUAUUUACUUUGGAUGUCGGUUGCCAUGUUGGUGGCAGAUCGUCUUGCAAGAUGGGUUAACCUUGCUUUCCAAAACAUCAGACUCAAGGCUGCAGAAUCAACCUGUAUGCGCAGGCAACUCCUGGGCCACAGCGUUUCUGCCCAAUCCAUUGCCCCCAGUACCACCAUAUUGACUGUCAAAGAUGUACACUUUAGAUGGAAGCCUGGUCAACACGUCUAUCUCUGGAUCCCCAGGCUUGGGCCUUUUGAAGCCCAUCCUUACACCAUUGCUUGUGCCCGCCAGAUUGAUAGCGAAUGUUGCUGCCACAGCAUCCAAUUCAUUGUUCGCACCCACGGCGGAUUUUCAAAGUGCAUAAACGCAUACGCUACAGCAAAUCCGGAAAAGCCGUUGACAGGGUUUCUAUCUGGACCUUAUGGUACGCCCGCAAACUGGGACGCCUAUGAAACUCUUGUGCUCAUUGGCGCAUCUACGGGAGCAAGUUUUACGAUUCCAAUCUUGGAGGCAGUAGUGCGAAAGACUAAAUCCAAAACUUGUGUAAGGCGUAUUGAUGUGGUUAUACUUGCGAAAACAUCCGAAGAAGUGCGAUACUAUGCCGAGCGUGGCCAAGGUGCCGCCCGAGAAGCUCUCACAAACGGAAUCGACGUUAGAAUACACAUUGCGAUUACAGGGAUGAAUCGAUCUGAGAGCAGCACGCCUUUAGUAAGACACAAGCGUGUGCUGUCUUCCGAUUCCUGCUGCUGCGCAGUUGUGGAAGAUGAUUCUUCUGGUGGUGAUGAAAAGGAGAUGGCCACCGAGCAACUGAGCAGCGGUGAGGACAGCGACACGACAGUCCAUGAAUACAAUAACCGACCAGAUAUCAUGGCUCUCAUCCGAGAUCCCGUUGAGGCAGCCUGGGGUGAAACUGCUGUGGUAGUUUGCGGUGGUAGAGAGAUUGUAGCGGCAACGAGAAAUUGUGUAAGCCGCUUGAGCGACGAGCGAGCAGCGCACAAGGGCACAGGCGCACAGGGGAUUUACCUGCAUGUAGAAGAGUAUUCGUUUUAGACAGUUUGAAUCCCAGCAUUUUCUACUCU